ACAGCAGGAUUACUUCAGUUGUGAAGUUCUUCCUGUGGUACCACACCAGACUCCAUUAUAAAAAGGUCUAAAAUAAGAUCACAGUUACUCGGUUUACUGUAACUGAGCAGCUCGCAGCUCUCAGCUCACCGUCCGCCCCCGCAGGACCGCCGGGGGUAUGCGGGGGGGACAUUCAGCGAGAGACCCGCCCUGAGAGAGCCGACAGGGAGCCGUGUGAAGCGGUGUUACAGUCGGAUCACGUGACCAGCCCCUUUGACCCUUCCUCUCGCGAGACGUGACGCGGCUUUUCGCGAGAUCAUCUGCAGCAACAAAUCGGCUCGAGCACCUGAAGACAAUCUGCACAUUUCUGCGUGUGGGUCAUGGAGGUUUCCUCUCACAGCCUCUUCCUGCUGCAGCAGCUCAACGUUCAGAGAGAGUUCGGCUUCCUGUGUGACUGCACCGUCGCCAUCGGGAACGUUUACUUUAAAGCUCACCGAGCUGUGUUGGCCGCCUUCUCCAACUACUUCAAGAUGAUCUUCAUCCACCAGUCAAGUGAGUGUAUAAAGAUCCAGCCCACAGACAUCCAGCCGGACAUAUUCAGCUACCUGCUGCACAUCAUGUACACCGGCAUGUGUCCCAAGCAGCCAGUGGACCAGAGCCGGCUGCAGGAUGGCAUCAAGUUUCUUCAUGCCUACCAGCUGUGCCGGAAACCCGGCGAGGGCACUGCAGACGCCGCCGCCGACAUGGUCCGUAUGUCCAACCUGUACGGCAUCCAGAUCUCCUCCCAGCUGGCCAACAAGGAGGCCGGAAUCCCCAAGACCUCUGCGGUGUCCCGUGGGGCCCCAGAGGACGGACGGUCCUCCGGCCGCGGGGGGUGGUCCCACUCCCAGCUGUCGCUCGCCAUCGGACUGGAGGGGAAUCCGUCAGAGCACCAGGCCUCGACGCUACGCAACGUCUGCUCUGUGGCAUCUGGAGACGACUCAGACAUCUCGACUCGCAUCAAGCAGGAGCGGGUUGAGGAGGAGGGGGAGGAAGGCGAGGGUGAGGAGGGACAGGGGGCGGGAUCUCCAUCUCAGGUGAGCAGUCCCAGUCAGAGCAUACUGUUCAAAGAGCGGGCGCUCGUCCUGCUGUGUCCCCGCUGUGGAGAACGCUGCUCCUCACUGGAGGACCUGCGGGAGCAUCUUUUUAGCCACGCCCUCGACCCCGCCGGCCUGAUGGAGGGGCUGUCGCAGGGCGGCGAGUUGGACGCUGGCUUGGAUGAGGGGCCAGCGGGGGAUGCAGGGUGUCUGGAGGAGGCUCUGAGACAGAGCCAGGCACUCGCUAACCAGCUGGCUGCGGAGCUGAGGAGAAGCCGGGGGGGAGGUGGCGGCAGGAGCAGCCCCACCCCUUCCAUCCUGCACUCCCGUAAACGUAAGAUAGCCUGCGCCGUCUGCAGCCUGCGUUUCGCCCACAAGAGCCAGCUACAGGAGCACAUGUACACGCACACCGGCAAACCGGCCCGCUACCACCGCUACACCCGCCUCUGCAGCCAGCUCUUCCAGGCCUCCGCCCACUUCUGCGAGGGCACCACAGAGUCUGGAGGAACGGGGGGCGCCUCGUCCGGAGUUGCCGCACUCUCUGAAGAAGCCAACAGAGACACUCAGGACAACGGCAGCUCCUGCUACUCCCUGGACUCUGAGAUCUCGCAGGAGAGCGUGGACGGCGUUCCUGUGGAGUGAUCCCCACAGGUCGAUGUUCUCGAUGUACAAAGAUUCUUGGUUAGGUUUAGCGUCUCCUGGGUGAAAGUCUGUUUGUUUGACUUUCAUUACAAACAUAACUGUGAUACGUACGAAGCAAAUGUAAUUCCGGAUGCAGUUUAGAUAUUUGUGAAACUAAAUUGAGGAGACGAGGCUACGAGGGUCGGACUGUCGGGCUUUCAUUAUUUUUAGUUCAUAAACGUCAGAAUAUAUCAGUUAACCAACAGGAAACUAAUCAGCAACUAUGAAUGACAAUGAAUCGUUCUGAUUAACUUUUUAAGUAAACCAAAUCUGUAUUUUCUGUUUUUCUACAAAAAUAAACAGAAUCUGUUAACAAGACAAUUAAUCAAGAAAAUAAUGAGCAGAUUAAUCAAUAAUGAUUAUUAAGUAAUCAUAAAUUGCUGCUGUAGUCAUAUCAGUGCCAUAAAAGAAACUUAAUAAUAUUAUUAAUAAUUAAUAAGAAAAUUCAAAUAAAUACGUUUUUAAAAAUUGGAAAUGUACGGAGAAAUAACAUUUUCAUUUAUUUUCAUAUUUAGU